AUGUGUAGACUUGAGGAGGACGGAAAAGAAACGUUCUACACAGAAUGUGAUGAGGUUUGCGAAAGUUUUGAUCAAAUGAGUCUGAAAGUGGAGGUUUUGAAGGGUAUCUAUGGUCUAGCUAGGCGCAAGGUUGACUGGUUGACCGAAGAGAUGAGAAAACAAGACACGGAGACAUCAGACAUGGACCAAAACACAAGAGACAUCAUCAUGCGUGAGUUCCGGUCCCGAUCAUCACGUGUACUUAUCACCACUGAUCUCUUGGCAAGAGGCAUCGACGUACAACAAGUCUCGUUCGUCGUGAACCUAUGA